AUGUAGCCUUUGUUCAUAAUUUUUGGAAUCCAUAUUAUUCUAUUAAAUUCAAAAGCUUUAACCUGCCAGGCAUUGCAAAUGUAACCAAAAAUAACAUGUAAUAUCAACCUGAUAGAUUGUUUUAUAUCGGGAGGGGAUGAAGAAGAUUACUACAAACUUGAACAUGUUGAUAAAGAAAUUAUAUAAAAAUCCUUUACUAUCCCUUACAAAAAUAUGCCUAUUUAGAUUUCAAUUUUCAAUAGAUUAGAAUAAGAUAUGAUCUAAAUGAAACUCAUUUGUUCAUUGCUUCUGAAUUAUACAUAUUAUAAUAAAAAAAAUAAAACAGAUUAUAUGAGUUAUGAUACAUUGAAGAAUUAUGAAAACAUUCAUCUUUUAGAGAGCAUUAAAAUAGAAACAAAUAUAUUAUCAGAGGAAAGUUGUGAUGAAAUUUAUUAACUAGAAGAUGGAAGAAUAAUUUUAUUUUGCUUGAAAUUAUUUAUUCUUAACAAUAUUCAGUAAGUGUAGAAGGAGAUAUUGUUCUUCUUCUAGAAUAGGAUGUUUCGGAUUAAAUUUAACAUUAUUGCAAGAAGAAACAGAAUAAAAUAUAAGGCAAGAAUUAAUUUAUAAUAUCAUUUAUUCAAUGUUCACAUUGGAAAAUUUUUUAAAUUAAUAAACAAGAAAUCUCAAUUAUUUUGGAAUCCAAAAUGA